GUUUAAAACGAGUAGUUCGCGGUGUUCCAGCCAGUCUCAACUCAACCGCCGACCGGCAACGGCGUGCUUUCGAAUUUCAAAUUUUAAUUUAUAGUUCGAUAUACAAAAUGUACAGUUUAACGGUCGUAGGGGUGUUGUUGGCGGUAUGUGGGGGUGCAUUCAGUCACAGUUACCACUUGGGGGCAUGCCCUGUUGUGGAACCCAUGCCUGGGUUCGAAAUGAACAAGAUGCUGGGUGUAUGGUACGUGAUCCAGAAGACGUCGACAGCAUCCCACUGCCUCACCUACAACUUCACGAAGACUGACGAGCCGUACAGAUAUGAACUGGAACAGUCUUCUCAGCACUUCAUCUUGGGACUUACACCUCUUAAGCAUGACUAUAGGUAUACCGGAAUACUAACAGUCCCAGACCCCGCGGUGCCAGCCAGAAUGAAAGUCAGGUUCCCACUCAGCGUAGCCGGUUCAGCAAGUUACACGGUUCUGCUGACUGACUACACGAGCCAUGCCGUUAUCUUCACGUGCCAGAAGCUUGCGUUCGCGCAUCGUCAGUCUGCCACCAUCCUCUCUAGGACCAAGGAACUCGACAGGAUUUACUUGGACAAGAUGCACAACAGGCUGGCGUCUUUCGGCGUAGACCCGUUCGACCUUUCCAUCAUAUCCCAGAGCGAUUGCCCCACCCACAAGAAUGGCUCGGAAGGUGUCAACAUCAACAUCGACCCUGAGACCUUCUCCUCCCACAACAUCGGACAAGCUGUCAGGAAAACUGGAUCCGCUAUUGCUGAUGGGGUAGAAUACGUAGUAGAGGCUGGUAAGACUGUGUACAACAAGGUGGCGAGCAGCAAGGAGGACCUCACCGAGUCGCCCGCUGGACGCUCGCACUCCGUCAAAGACGAUGCCGAGUGGUUGCCUUGAAUCUCUUAU